AUGGCCUCCUCAACCUCCCCGACCACUCUCUCCGCGGACAACCUGAGCCGACUAUCCACAUACUCCAAUGUUUCCUUCGCGUCCCAAAAUCGCUCGCGCCCAGGCUCCCACGUGUUCCCAAUCUUCCAUUCCAGUCUCCCGUAUGCUUUGGUGCGAGACUUUGCCUACCCGCCGAUCCAUCAUCUGCACUACGGUCCACCUCCCUUGCCCUCCGGCGGCUCUACACCUGCGAGCGAGUAUCGUCGCCUAUCCGAUCCACCCACCUCCUGGGAUACAUCUCGCGGCCCCUGGGCGACCGGUCCUUGGAGCAACGAGAACAGCCAUGGUCACGGUCCCGGUAGCGGCCAAGGUCAAGGUCAAGGUCAAGGCCACCAACAAUUGCCUGCCAUGUCAUUCGGUGAUGGACCUCCAUACAGUGAAGAUGAAGACCUACAUAGCCCCGUAGUGACCACCUCACGCCAACGCAAGAAGUCUGUCGCGACCGAUUUGAAUGGGAUGGUUCAAGAGCAUAUCGCGCAACCUGCGGAUCGCGGCACAUUUGUUGCUAUGAACCCCGAUGGCAGUGAGACAUAUUACGUCAAUGGUGGUGAUUCAAUGGAGGAUGGACCCGGUGGAGAAUAUGUCACAUAUCCCGCCAACGAAGGCCAAUAUCCACACUUCGAUACGCAGCAAGGAUAUGCGCCCGAUACCGGCUUCGAAUCAGACGACGGUGAAGACCGAUACGGUAACGAUUAUCAGUUUGCGGUCGGUUGUCCUGAUGAGGAAAUGCAUGGAAAAGCCGUCGCACUCUUUGACUUUACUCGCGAACAUGAGAACGAGUUGCCCCUUACCGAGGGUCAAGUGAUCUAUGUCUCCUACCGACACGGUCAAGGCUGGUUGGUUGCCGAAGAUCCAAAGACGGGAGAAAACGGUCUUGUUCCAGAGGAGUUUGUGCGACUGCUUCGAGAUAUUGAGGGUGGAUUGACCUCGUUGAACGGGGAGCCUAUCAUGCACUCGACAGAAAGCACCACAGCCAUGGACACGACUGCCGAAGAUCGCACUUCUACACCUACACAGAAUGAUUUAAAGGGUACAAAUGGUGACACUCCGAUGACAAACCCUAUUGGGGGUUCGAAUGAAACCAGCGAGACCACUGGUGGUGCUGGUACUCAUUCUACAUAG